ACCCUGACCACAAAGAGGGGAGAGAGAUAAAUAAAAAAGAAAUAAAAGGAAAAAAGGGGAAAAAGCAGAAAAAUGGAGGGAGGCGAAGAUGUUAGCAUGGAGGAGCUCGCCUCGAAUCUCUCAACCUACAAAGAUCAGCUUCAUCAGGUUAGAAAACUUUUGGUUGAUGAGCCGGGAAACUCAGAGUAUGCAGACAUGGAAAAGGAGCUUGAAGAGGUAAUUGGUCUUACGGAGGAACUCUUAACCACUGCAAAGCAAAAUGAACAAUCUGGGCUGAUAUCUCAUCAAGAUGCCAAUAUAUCUCCAGGACAGGAGCCGUUAACUGGAACUUCACAGUUUAAUACAGGAUCAAGUAAUCAUGAAGGGUUUCCUGUUGGCACAAAAGUUCAAGCUGUUUGGAGCGAAGAUGGGGAGUGGUAUGAUGCGACCAUUGAGGCUAUUACUCCUAAUGGAUACUAUGUCCGCUACAACGAAUGGGGAAACAAAGAGGAGGUGGAUCCUGGAAAUGUGAGGCAAAUUCAAGAUGGCACAAUUAAUCCCUUGCUAGAAGCUGAAAAGGAAGCUGAAGCUACCAGGCAAGCCAUUAAACGAAAGAUUGCACAAGCAGCAGUUUCUGACUUCCAGUCACGAAGCUUGCCUGCAAAACUUCGCAUAGAUCCUAAUGAUCCUGAAGAUGUGAAAGCUGCUAAACGUAAGAAGAUACAUGCAUUUAAGUCAAAAGCUCGUUUUGAGCAACUUGAAGUUGUGCAAAACAAACGGCAAAACGCUUGGCAACAGUUUCAGACGACAAAGGGAAAAACAAAGAAGAUUGGUUUCUUCUCAGGGCGCAAACGAGACAGCAUCUUCAAGUCUCCAGACGAUCCAAAGGGUAAAGUUGGAGUAACCAACAGCGGGAAAGGACUGACCGACUUCCAAAGGAGGGAGAAAUACUUGCAACUCAAGGGCGCAAAUAUCGAUAACGAGGACGACUAGAUUGCUCGCAGUAAUCCAUCUGUCAUAUAGAGCAUUUAAUCGAGAUGUAGUUUGAUCUUAAAUGUACUUUUACUCGUCAUCGUGCUUUCCUUCCUCUCUAGAGUCCAAAGCUUAAGAAGUUGUGGAUGAUUUUUGACGAUGUGAUCUUAGUGUACUAAGACCACUACUGAUUACUGCAAAACGAUAACCGAAAUGCUUUAGAUCUAACUCUUUUACUUGUCAA